AAUAGAAUAUUCCGUGAAAAUGUGUAGAUUUUUUACAGGUUUCAGCUACAGGUACAAACGCAAAAAUCAGGAAAAUUUGCGCAGACGCCACCUUGUACCUUGCUGUGAAUUUUGCAGGGAUGUACACUAAAUUUCUGACAGAUAGAAGUCAGAGGAGGGCCUUUCUUGAGACUCAUCGAUCGAUGGGUACUCGAUAUAGAACACAAUAUGAGAACGAGAAGCAAGAAAAAUUACUAUUAUCAGUUUUGCCAGACUUUGUUGCUAGAGAGAUGAUACGAGAUAUAGAAAUAGAAGAAAAAGGUGGCAUAUUCCAACCAAUACAAUUUCACAGGAUUUAUAUUCACCGAUACGAAAAUGUGAGCAUAUUAUUCGCCGAUAUUAAAGGUUUCACAGCUUUAGCCAGUAGGUGCACGGCUUACGAAUUGGUGAGGAUACUGAAUGAUUUAUUCGCAAGAUUCGAUCGACUUGCUGACGAAAAUCAUUGCUUGAGAAUAAAACUUUUGGGAGAUUGUUAUUACUGCGUUUCUGGGCUACCUGAACUCAGAUCAGAUCAUGCUCAUUGCAGCGUGGAAAUGGGACUGCACAUGAUCAAAGCGAUCAGAGAUGCGGGGCAUGCAACUCAGGUAGAUUUAAAAAUGAGAAUCGGAAUUCAUUCAGGGUCCGUCCUAUGCGGUGUUUUGGGUCUGAGAAAAUGGCAGUUUGAUAUUUGGUCAUCUGAUGUUCAUCUUGCUAAUCACAUGGAGGCAGGAGGACAAGAAGACCGUGUUCAUAUUUCUGAAGCUACCUUAAGAUGUUUGAAUGGCGCUUAUGAAGUUGAACCUGGUCAUGGUGCUGAAAGAGAUAGUUACUUGAAGGAACAUAACGUUACCACUUACUUGAUAAAACAGGUUGAACCUAUAACACAGAGGAGAAGAUUCGCCUCAAUAUCUAGACUUUGGUCCGCAAACGAACAGAGUAUAAUGCAAACUCCCAAUGUUUCACAUGCGUCUCAUUCGAGAGAAAGAAGUGACAGCGGAAUCCAACAAAGCAUAAAUUUAGAAGAAGAGAACACCACAGAUUGGACCCCAGAAAUUCCCUUCGAAAACCUACAUCAUUCGCUUACCGGAAACUUGGACGACGAUUUAGAAUCCUUAAACGAGUUUCAUUCAAGAGGGAGGUACAAUGUGAAUUCGAACGAAAAUGAUCACAAGGGAAGAAAUAGCGAUUCGAAGAAUUACGAAUGCGGUCAGAGAGCUGAUGACAUAUUGGAUCACACUGAUCACUGCAUAGAAAUCGAAAGUAAUAAGAGGAUGAGGAGUGCGAACGUGAAUCCCUGGACUUUGAGAUUCAAAGAUAUCAAAAUGGAAAAGAAGUUCAGUCAAAUAAGGGAAGAUAUGUUCAAGUCGAACAUGCUGUGUUGUCUCAUUAUUUGGUUUUUUGUGGUAACAUGUCAAAUAAUAAUCUUCAAACCAGGAGAAAACUACGUCUGCCUUGUAUUUACCUGCACUACCAUCAUACUUUUCGCCACAUUCGUCAUAGUGAUGGCGGAAGAAUUUGAUCAAUUUCCUGAAUAUCUGCAGAAGAUUUCUAGAACACUGGUUCAUAACAGGAGCUGCAGAACAGCUUUCAUAUGUGGUGUCAUAAUCGUCAUGGCUAUCACCAGUUCAAUCACGCUUGUGGAUAAGAGACGAUGCAUUUCUUCGUAUGAUUUGAGCAAAAAUGAUAAGAUAAUCAAUAACGACGUUAUCCGUUAUCAGAUUCCACAAGAAAUUGCCAUCGGCAGACCGAAAGAGCUAACUUUGAAUAUAUCCCUGAACGAAAAAGAUAAUAUCAACAUCGAACACAGCAAUAAUAUCAUCAAUAACAACAGUACCACGAACGAUUUGCUUAACGAAUUGAUCCUGGAAACGGAUUACUUGAGACUUUUGACGGAUAAAUCUGAAGCGCUCCUUCGAGACUUGGAAGCAAAGCUGAGACAGUUGCGUGGAUUCGAAAAAAUCAGUUACGAUGAAGAGAAGAAUUUGAUCGUUCAGAGUCGGUUGAGGUUAAAGAGAGAAGUCGAAGACUUUGACAGUGGGGAGUUGGAAAUUUGCGAUGAAAACUCGAUGGAGUACAUCAUUUUUACUUGGGUCUUGUGCCUCAUUGCCCUGGCCGCAGCUCUGAAGUUGUACUAUCUGGUCAAAUUGCUUUUAGCCUUGGUCAUGGUUAGCGUUUACUCCACUUGCAUCGUGAUGUUUUACGAUGUGUUCGAGAGGAGAACAGGGGAAACAUGUAUAUCUCUCUCUGCUCAGAUGUUGAUCCUCCUGGUGGUAUUUUUCCUGAUGGUGGCUUACCAUGCAAGACUCGUCGAAGUAUCUUCCAGACUGGAUUUUUUGUGGAAACAACAGGCGGAAAGGGAACUUCAGGAUAUGUUGGAAACCAGACAUAACAACACCCAACUGCUGAAAAAUAUUUUGCCGAAUCACGUGGCCCACCAUUACUUGAGCAGCGAUAGAAAUAGCGAUGAACUCUUUUCCCAGUACAGGGAAGAAGUAGGAGUAAUGUUCGCCAGCAUCCCAAAUUUCAACGACUUCUAUUCGGAAGACGUCAAUAAAGGCGUAGAGUGCAUCAGAUUAUUGAAUGAAAUUAUCGCGGAUUUCGAUGAGCUGCUGGACGAGGAAAGAUUCAGUUCUAUAGAAAAAAUUAAAACUGUGAGCGCAACUGCAACAUAUAUGGCUGCAUCUGGACUCAAUCCGACCCACGAUCAAAAUAGAAAAAGCACGAGUCCGCGUUUCGACAACACAGAUCACCUCUGCGCCCUCGUCGAUUUCGCCCUGCUCCUGCGUCGAAAGCUCGAGGAGAUCAACGGAGACUCCUUCAACGAGUUCGGCUUGAGGGUGGGCAUCUCCUGCGGUCCCCUGAUAUGCGGGGUCAUCGGGGCCAGGAAACCGGUCUUCGACAUCUGGGGCAACACGGUAAAUGAGGCUUCCCGCAUGGACUCGACCGGAAUAAUCGGGCAUAUACAGGUGCCGAAACACACAGCGCAGAUACUUGCUGUACGCGGCUAUGACGUCAGAUUGAGAGGUGUUAUUGAGGUGAAGGGAAAGGGUCCGAUGGAGACGUAUUUUAUAGCCGGUCGACAGAUCGGAAAACCCCCGAUCUUUCAGAGACAACCAAGUCAUCAUAACAGCUUCGCGGCUGUCAUGUAUUGUUGGGCCCAGGCCAAGAAAAAACAGAACAGCACUGGUAUGGGAAAUGGAAAGGCAAAAUUACAAUCCAGGAAUCGCGAUAAAAAAAACUCUUACAGUUCCAUGAGAGUGUCUCAAAAAACUUCGACGAAUCCGGUAAGGAGAAACACGACCCGGACCAAUCAGAAAACAAUGUUGGCCCAGUAA